AUGAGCCUUCAGUUGGGCUGGAAGUCCAGGAACGGAGGCUUCACCAGCCGCUCGGCCGUCCUGACCGGAGGAAGCCUAUGGACCUCCAGCAGUUCGUUCUCAGUCUGCAGACCGGGAGGCUCCAGACGGUCCUGCGGCGCCGGCACCUUCACCAGCAAAAGUCUGGUCAGCUUGGGCGGGACGAAGAGCAUCUCCACCAGCGUGGCCGGCGGCUGGGGCGCCCAGAACGUCGGAUUCCUGGGCGGGGGCCUGGGGGGGUCUGGCCUCUCGGCCGGAGUGCUUCUCGGGGCCGGGAGGGGGCCAGGAGGCUUCGGCCCCUCCUGCCCCCCCGGAGGCAUCCAGGAGGUGACCGUUAACCAGAGCCUCCUGCAGCCACUGGAUGUGAAGGUCGACCCUGAAAUCGGGAACGUGAAGAAGCAGGAGCGCGAGCAGAUCAAAGACCUCAACAACAAGUUCGCCUCCUUCAUCGAUAAGGUGAGGUUCCUGGAGCAGCAGAACAAGGUGUUGGAGACAAAGUGGGACCUGCUGCAGCAGGUGAACACGACGACGCAGACCAGCGAUCUGAGCGCCCUCUUCGAGGCCUACAUCAGUUCGCUCCAACGGCAGGUGGAUGGUCUCGAAGGCCAGAGGAUCCAGCAGGAUUCGGAGCUCCGGACCACCCAGGAUCGCAUAGAGGAGUAUAAAAAGAAGUUCGAGGAUGAGAUCAACAGCCGGACAAAUGCCGAGAACGACUUUGUGCUGCUCAAGAAGGAUGUGGACGCAGCUUUCACGGUCAAGAUUGAUUUUAACACCAAAGUAGAGAGUCUGCAGCAGGAGAUUGAAUUUCUUAAGGUCCUCUUCGAAGAGGAGCUGUCCCAGGUACAACAGAGCGUCAGCGACACCAACGUGGUCCUGUCCAUGGACAACAACCGCAGCCUGGACUUGGACAGUAUCCUUCAAGAGGUCAAAGCCCAGUAUGAGGAGAUCGCUCAGCGCAGCAAGGCCGAGGCCGAGGCCCUGUAUCAGUGCAAGUACCAGGAGCUCCAAGUAAGCGUAGGAAAGCAAGCGGACGAUCUGAGAGUCGUCAAGACCGAGAUCAGCGAGCUGAACCGGACGAUUCAGAGGCUCCAAGCCGAGACCGAGCGCGUGAAGAAGCAGAGUGCCAGCGUUCAGGAAGCCAUCCUGGCGGCGGAGCAGCGGGGUGAAAGCACCGUCAAGGAUGCCCAGGCCAAGCUGGUACAGCUGGAGGAGACCCUGCAGGUCUCCCGCAAGGACCUGACGCAACUGCUGCGGGAUUAUCAGCAGCUGUUGAGCGUCAAAUUGUCCCUGGAUGUGGAGAUCGCCACCUACCGCACUCUGCUGGAGGGCGAGGAGUGCAGGCUGUCCGGAGAUUUCUCCAGUAAUGUGAGCUACUCCGUGGUCAAGAGCGUCUCUUCGUCCCAGGGCCUGUCUCAAAGCUCGCUGGGCUCGGGAGGGAGAGGCGGCCCCUAUGUUCCCGGAGGGCUUUUGGUCUCCAAGAGGAACAGCUCCACGUCACGAAACACUGUCUCCAGCUCUGUUUCUGGAUCCGACUCCGUUUCCGUCUCUGGCGGCCGAGGAUCCAGCUCAGAAAGAAACCUGAGGAGAAGCUCGGAAGUGGGAACCCGGGAUAGCCCCGCUUCUCUGGUGUAA